AUGCUUGGCGUGGCUUUGGGCAUCGGGGUCCUGCUGGCCCUGGUGGGCUGCACGGCCACCGAGGGCUGUGUGGCCCCACAGGACAUGGUCUCCCAGCUGCUCCAGCGCUUGGAGGGAUCUGUAAACUUCGAGGAGGCAGCAAAUCCCAGCGUCCUGCUGGCCAUGAACCUGGCUGGAGGGGACAGCGACGGUCCCAUCCACAAGUGGCUGCUCCAGGAGAUCAAGGAGGAGGCGGUGAGGAGAGCCCAGAAAGACAUGACCUCGGGACAGGUGGCUCUGCACGUCCUCGCCCUCCUCUCCUCUUGCCAGGAUCCCCAGCGCGUCCAUGCCCUGGACCAGACGCUCGACCUGAUCCGUGUCCUGCAGCAGAAAACAGAUGAGGAGAUGGCCAAACUGGAGGCCGACGGGGUUCCCAAAACUACCCUGUACAGCGUGGGCCUGGACACCAUGGCCCUGUGCCUGGCUGAGGCGGGCGGCGCUCAAGGGCCAUCGGUGGCCCUGGCCAAGUGGGUGCUGAGCCCUGACAGCCACAUCUCCGUGGACACCCGGGCCAUGGUGGCACUGGCGCUGAGCUGCGUCUAUGACUACGUGGAGCUCCAGGACGUGCGGGAACUGCUCCGGGAGGCACUUCAGACAGUGAGCACCAGCUUCCUGGACGAGCAGGAGAAGAGGGAUGGCAUGAUCGGGAAUAUCUACAGCAUGGGGCUGGCCCUGCAGGCGCUGGAGGCCACAAGGAAGUUUUACGCCCCACGGAAGUGGGACUGUGCCCAGGCUUACUCCGUGGUGUACGCCCAUGAUUACCAGCAGCCCAUGGCCAUAGCCCAGGUGCUGCCAGCCCUGGUGGGCAGGUCCUACCUGGAUGCGGCUGGCCUGGACUGUGCUGCCAACAAGGAUAUGUCUCCAAGCCGACAGUUGUCCCUGUCCCCAAAGCUGGGGACACAUGGCGUUCCCAGAGCCUCCAUCCAGGUGCAUUACUCCAUCACCAACACACUCCAGGGAAAACACUUCCACUACUCCACCACGGUGACAGUCCCAAGUGGCUCCACUCUGCUCCAGGUGAUGAAGGUGGCAGCAGAGGAGAACCCCCAAACCUUUAGUUUCCAGACUGAGCAGACAUCCUGGGGUCCCUAUGUGACCUCCAUCCACGGGCUGGCUGGCAGCAUGGAUGACAGGACCUACUGGCAGUUCCUCAGUGCUGGGAACGCUCUCGAGGAAGGGGUUGGAACGUACAAACCACACGACGGGGAGCACAUCCAGGCCGUCUUCAGCACCUACUGA